AUGAGUAAAGCAAAACAAUGGUUACAAGACAUAUUAGCUCAAAGUGCUAUCAAAAAUAUAGAUUAUGGUGAGCUUGAAAACGAAAAAAUGCUAACCGAGGGUGGCUUUGGAAAAUUGAUGACCGCCUACUGGAAAAAAGGACGCAAAACAGUUGUUUGCAAAAGAUUGAAAAACUAUACUCGACAAAAUGAAGAAUUAUUUAUGAAGGAGUUUGUAAAUGAGGUUAAAAUUAAUCAACGACUUUAUUAUUGCGAGAAUAUAAUUCGAUUUUUAGCUAUAAGUCAAGAUCCAAAAACAUCCGAAUAUAUUCUAAUACAAGAAUAUGCUGAUGGUGGUAACCUACGAGAAUAUCUUUGUAAGAAUUGUAGUACAUUAUCUUGGCAUAAUAGACUCCAGUUGGCUUGUCAAAUAACUAACGGAUUGUCGUCUCUUCAUGACGAAGGAAUUGUGCACAGAGAUCUUCACUCGAAAAACAUCCUUGUACAAAAUGGAAUCGCCAAGUUAGCCGAUUUUGGAGCUUCAAAAAACUUAAUUACCAAUUCAUAUACUCAAACAGAUUUUUUUGGAAUUGCACCUUAUGUAGAGCCAAUGUGUAUGCAUGAUUAUAAAUAUCCACGAGAUAAACGCUCAGAUAUCUAUUCAUUGGGUGUUAUUUUAUGGGAGAUUGCAAAUCCUCUAGGAAAAUGUGCUUUUUAUGGGCAUCAACAGGACCCUACUAUUCUUUAUGCAAUUAAAGAUGGAACAAGAGAGACACCAGAUCCAAAAACACCGACAGAGUAUGUAAGUCUUUACCAACAGUGUUGGGAAGGAGAUCCACAAAAACGUCCCGAAGCAGAUUUUAUAUUAGACUCAAUUGAAAAAAUGAUUGGUGACUGUAGUCUUGACAUAAAUCAAACCAUUUUUAUUAGCCCAAACAAUCCAAGCAACAGUUCAGAGUCUCGCGAUGACUUGGAAGAAACUUUAUGUGAUAUAGACAUGUCACUGUCUAUGAAUAACUAUAACGAUAAGAAUUCAUUUACAUUAAUAACAGGAUUAUUUCAAGAUCCAGAAGUGAGACACUGCAAGCUCGUUCUUGACAAAUUUAAAAAAGAAAAAAAUAUAGAUAUUCCGAUUCAAGAUUGCUGUAUUUCUUUGCAUCAAUAUUAUUGGGAUGUAGAUGGUCUGGAAUACCAUCUUAAAAAUGAAUAUAGUCUACCACACAAGGAUCGUUUCGCUUUCUUGAAUAACGUGCAUAGUGGCCUAAUCAGGAACAAAUCCUUUGUCAACCAACAAGAAGAAUGCUAUAUGGAUGUAUUUGAAAAAGCAACUAAGUUUCUUGUUGAGAAAGGGUAUGACAUCAAUGAUCAUGGGUAUUUCACUACGCCUUCACUCUCUUGUCUUAUUAUGGAAUAUCAGGAUGGUUUCAAAGAACCCAUUAUUCAACGUCUUCAAAUAUUAUUGAAGUAUGGAGCACGUCUAAAUAAUCAUAUCAACUCGGUGGAAGAAUCACCUUUACGCGAAGGAUAUUUUUACUGUGCUACAGCAUUUCAAACUAUUUUUUAUUUUCCAAACUCACGUUUAAUUCCUAUUUUGGAAGUAUUUCUUAAAAAUGGAUCGAGAUUUAGUUCAUUGGGAGAUGAAAUCGAUUUUAUUUUAAGUACUCUAGAGAAGAAAGACGAGGGUGAUUUCGAAGCUAUUGCUCAAUUGCUUCGCAAAUAUGAUGAUGCUGGAAUUAGUGCUUUGAUGAUUGGUGGUCUUAAUAUCGUGCAUUAUGUAUUGAAAUAUUGCAGUAUAAAAUUUUUAAAUCGUCUUUUAGAGAACUUGCUUACUCUUAGUAAACCUGAAAUUAUCGAUGAAGCCAUUCAAAACACAGAUUUGCAUAGUAAAGAAAGAGCGUGUUUGAAAAAUUGGCAAGGUAAAAAAGGUAAAGCAAAGCAAUUAAAGUUACAAUUAAAAUUUUUGCAUUUAGAUAGAUAA